UUCGGAUCAUAUAUUAGAACUAUUUUACAAUACAUUCUUGUAGAUGAAGUUGUGAAAUUCGAACUUUUAUUUUUUGGCUCGAUGUUCACCUUUUUCUCAUCGUUUCAAUCCACUGUGCGGCGCUCGCGACCAUUUCAACCGUUUCGUAUUUUUCUUUUCUUUUUCUUUCUUUUUUCUUUCAAGACAGAGCAUGUUAGCCGUGUUAGCCCUCGUGCACCCUUUGCGAGGACAGCAAGACUUGCCUCCCGAGUAGAGGUGUAAUUUUUCUUCAAAGUCUUCGUAUUUGAAGCUUCGAAGCUUCGAUACAAAAUAUUCGACGAUCGAAGUUGCAUCGAACCUUCGAAGUUUGAGUCUCCGAACUUCGAAAUUUCGAGAAUUCGAAGAUGCUCGGGGAUCGAAGCACUAGCCGAAACUUUUGUUAUUCACGGAAGCUUCGAAUGAUUCGAAGCUUCGGGACCUCGAAGCUGUCGAAGAGAGUAACAACCCUACUGCCGAGUGGCGCGAAAUGAUCGGGCAUACGAGAGGCUUCGGUCGUGUCCGCGUCCGCGUCAACGCGGCCGUCGCAUAAGAGAGAAAGACGAGAGCCGGCCCGAUGAGACGCGAGAAGAGCGCGGCUCGUUACUUUCUAAAUUCCCCCGCGGGCGUAUAUAUCCCCCGGUGACUUUACAUUUUGCAAUGCACCGCGCCGUGGCGGGAAUCGCGUUCGCGUGUUUUUCGAGACCGCGUGCCUGGAUGUUAUAUCACAAGCUACGGGAUCGUGGGAGAUGGCGGUCAGUGCCGUGAGACAGCUCGUGCUCGUCCUUUGCGUCCUGCUGCAGUACCGCCAUGUGACGGCUCAGAAUAAGACCCUCCGGGACCUCUUCAACAGCACGUCUUGCGCUAAACCUCCUUACAUCUGCCCGCAUCCGCAGAUAGAGUUCUAUCUGUACACCAGAGACACGCAGCAGGACCCGGUGCUGUUGGACGUACGGAACUUCAAUUCCCUGCGAAAUUCCAAGUUCAACAAGUCUCACUCCACGAAAAUCAUCAUUCAUGGCUUCGGCGGUGGACGAAACUUGGCACCCAGCACGGAUCUACGAGAUGCAUAUUUCAAGCGGGGCCAUUACAAUAUCAUAAUUGUGGAUUACGGCUCGUUGGUACGCGAGCCCUGUCUCGCGCAGAUCCAGUGGGGCCCGGACUUCUGCUCGCAAUGCGUCGCCCAGCUGGUGAAGUACCUGAGGGACCAUCCCCGGGGCACGCGGGUGGAGAACAUACACGUGCUCGGCUACAGCGUGGGCGCGCAUAUCGCCGGGCUCAUCGCGAAUUACCUGCCCGAUGACAAGCUCGGGAGAAUUACGGGCCUCGAUCCGACGAUAUUUUUCUACAUGAACGGCAACCGCUCGAUGGAUUUAGACGAGACCGAUGCCCAUUUUGUGGACGUGAUCCACACGGGCGCCGGGAUCCUGGGGCAGUGGGGGCCCAAUGGCCACGCGGACUUCUACGUGAACGGCGGCUCGAGUCAGCCCGGCUGCGCCACUUCUUCUAUACUCCAGACGCUCUCGUGCGACCACACCAAGGUGACGCCCUAUUACAUAGAAUCCAUCACGACGAAGAAGGGAUUCUGGGCGGCACCGUGCGCGAAUCUGUUCUCUUACCUGAUCGGAUGGUGCAAUCCCAAAAAAGAGGAGUACAUCUUGAUGGGGGAGGAUUCCCCUCAUACAGCACGCGGCAUCUUCUAUCUGUCAACAAACGCACGCAGACCGUACGCCCGAGGACUGCCCGAAAAAAGCCAGCGUCGGACAAGUCGGAAGCAAUCGUCCUCCCGCCAGUAUUAAGUCUGCUGAAGCAGCUGAUCAACAUAAUUAUAGAGUAGCGUUAGCUAUGUGCGUCACGUCUCACCGAGAGAGUUUUCUCCUCUUAAAGUUUCACGUCAAAUUACGUCAAUCUUACUUCGUGAGAUUUCGACCGAGAGUUCGCUGCUCGCCGCUCGCAGAAAAGUGCUGCUUCUCCUUCUCUCGUCGAAAUCCUUCCUUUCGAGAAACGAAAAGCAGCGAUCGGGUAUAGUCUUCGUGUCGUAGUCCGACGUUCAUUGACGUCUCAUUAAUCGCCGCGAUUUCGACGUUUCACGUGUCCACGUAACACUUUCACUCGCCGCACUUCUCUCGCUCGUUGUGGAAUUUUAAUCGCGCGUUUAUUUAAAGUCGCGUGCUUACCGGUCAACUCUCGAUGCGUUUACGCAAACAAAUCGAGUUAUAGUCCUUCAGGUAUAUUCAUGUAUUUUUCUUUCUUUUUUUUUUUCUUUCUCGGCAAAGCAACGCUUUAUCCUCGCGAAAGAAACCACGGAGAAGUGGGCUCAAAGGGUUUAAGCCACGAUCAGUCAGUAUAAAUUUGCGCAAUGAUGAAUCAAGGUCGCGAUGGUGCAACGUGCGCCGUUAGUUUAUAGUUUCGAGUAUACAUCUCGCAUUGACACGCUUAUGACGUAAUCUUGACGUAGCGAGAGGAAAUAAUUUAUUUCGAUAAACGUAAGAAAGAUCGUCGUUCCUUCGCACUUUUGUCGACACCGAGAGUUCUUAGCUCCGAUAUCUUUCUACGCUCCGGUGUAACGUUACACUUUAUAUGUAUGUUUUUAUACGUAAUUUAGGUUUCGUGUAAUCGUGUAAGGUGCAAUUAAUUUAAGAACCCACGACUCGGGGAGCGAAAAGCACUGUCGACCUGUAAAGAGAUUUUUAGAAUACAAACAUCGCUCGGAGAGGAUCGUAGUUACUUUAUUUAUUUCACGAUCUGCACACACACACACACAC